AUGUACCCAAGCUUGAGGGAAAGUUUGCCUCUUCAAGGGACAGGUGAUCAUGAGCACGAUUCAGAUCGCAAGAAGAGAAGCGCCGGCGUGACGAGGAGGGAGCUGGAGUGGGAGCAACGGGAGAGGCAGGAGGAGGCGGCCAGGAGAGAGUGGAAGCGCAUGGAGAUAGCCCGCAGGCAGCAGGAAGCAUGGGACAGGAGGGCUGCCAGCGAGCAUUUCCGUGCCCUCAGCGCGAGGGCCGACCUGGGGUUGCAGGCUGCGCAGCGCAAGUGGGACUUGGAGCUGGACCGCCGGCUGGGGGCAACGGACCUGACCAAGGUGCCCCUUCCUGCAAUCAACCUUGCAGCGCGGGUAGUCAAGUGGGCAGCCAAAAGGGGCCACAGGGAGCACCGGGGACAGGACCUCCGGAAGGAGAGGGAAGCGGCGGUGCUGAGAGGCCACAGAGUUGCGUUUCGAAGCUUCUUGGACAACUACACAGGACGAACGCCUGUUGGAGGCCGAGGGAGUGGAGCCCGAGCGUCCGCUGUUCAAAUGAGAAGUAGACCGCCUUUUGAGUAGCUCUUGAUUAUGGGACCUGCACGGUGUGACACGGAUCAGUUGUUGGAAGAACCCAUCUAUUGCUGUUGUUUCUUGAGCAACUGAGGCAUCCUUGACUGGAUCACGUAACGGACUUGUCUCGAUACAAUGGCUGAUUGUCUUGACUGUCUACUCGACCAAGUUUUUGACUGAUGAGCAUGAAAUUCGCCCUCGUGAAAACUUCCGACUGAGGCAGCAAGGAGGGCUUGCGGGCAACAAAUCGGUGUCCAUAUUGGUCUGUGUUAUUGGACAAUGCGUAUGCUAAACAUGAGGGAUUGCAUGGCCAGCA